AUGUCACAAAAUAGCCUUGUCCGGGAACCAAUAGCGGUGGUUGGUGUUGCCUGCCGCUUCCCAGGGGAAGCAACCAGCCCAUCAAAACUCUGGGACCUGGUUUGCGAGAAGAGAGACGUCCAGAAGCCCAUAUCAUCAGAUAGAUUCAAUUCUGAUGCAUUCUACAACAGUAAUGGAGAAGCUAGUGGCUGCACGGACGUGAAAAGGGCUUAUCUGCUCUCCGAGGAUAUACGGCUAUUCGACGCCUCUUUCUUCAGAACCAAUGCACUGGAGGCAGAGGCUAUGGAUCCACAACAGAGGUUGUUGCUUGAGACGGUGUAUGAAGCCAUUGAGUCGGCCGGACUUCCGUUGGAAGAUCUCAAGGGGUCGGAUACGGCCGUGUAUGUCGGCAGCAUGACGGGCGACUAUCACGAGAUGCUUCUGCGUGACCCGCAGGACAUGCCCAAAUACAUGGCAACGGGAACGGCUCGAAGCAUACUAUCAAAUCGGUUGUCCUACUUCUUCGACUGGAAAGGUCCCUCUAUGACGAUUGACACAGCGUGCUCAUCAAGUCUGGUUGCUGUUCAUGAAGCAGUCACAGCCUUGCGACUGGGUGUAUCGACAAUAGCUUGUGCCGCUGGAGCCAACUUGAUACUUGGCCCUGAGAUGAUGAUAUCCGAGUCUAAUCUGCAUAUGCUGUCUCCAACAGGACGUAGCAGAAUGUGGGAUGCUUCAGCAAACGGCUACGGCCGAGGUGAAGGAACUGCCGCAGUCAUAAUGAAGACGCUGUCGCAGGCGUUGAAGGAUGGGGAUUACAUCCAUGGAAUCAUCAGAGAAACCGGAGUCAAUUCAGACGGUCACACGAAUGGCAUCACGUUGCCUAGCUCAGAAUCACAAACGGCUUUGAUAAGACAGACGUACAAGGCGGCCGGUAUUGAUCUCGCAUUGGAGCGGUGCCAGUUUUUCGAGGCUCAUGGAACCGGAACGCCAGCUGGCGAUCCGAUCGAAGCUCGCGCUAUAUACGAAGCCUUUUUCAACGGUGAGGGGUCCACCUGCGAUACUGCAGGCAAUAUAUAUGUCGGAUCUGUCAAGAGUACAAUCGGACAUUUGGAGGGUUGUGCCGGUCUGGCUGGGCUCAUCAAGGCCAUGGAGGCUGUGCGAAGGGGGACUAUUCCACCCAACAUGGGUUUCCAGAGACUGAAUCCCAAAAUUGAACGUUUCUCGAAAAAUUUGAUUGUUCCCACCGAAGCUCUCCCAUGGCCCGAGUUGCCAGAGGGGACACCGCGUCGAGCCAGCGUCAACUCUUUUGGCUUUGGAGGAACAAACGCACACGCCAUCAUCGAAAACUUUGAGACAGCUCAACAUGUUCAAUCUCCUCGUGAUAUUAUCGUCACCCCUGUUGUUCUGUCGGCCAACUCGGAAAAAUCCCUCCGAGAACAGGCUAUUCAGCUCAAUGCCGCCAUGCAACUGGCGGAUGAGAGUCGCCUGCGCGACAUCAUGUACACGUUAUCCAACAGACGAUCACAGCUACCAUUAAGGACAUUCUUUGUAGGAAACUCGGCUGAAGAAGUCAAGAAGAGCGCCAACGAUGCCCUAGCGGAGGAUGGUACGUUUACAGUACACAAGGAUGAGAAGCCCUCCCAUCAGCCCAGCAGAAUACUUGGAGUCUUCACCGGACAGGGUGCGCAGUGGCCAACAAUGGGCCGUGAAAUCCUGAAAGAGUCCAAGUUUGCUCAGAAAGUUGUCAAGACACUGGAGCAAUCGCUGGCAAGUCUCCCAGAGCCUCCUACAUGGACGCUCUCGGAGCAAAUAUUUGCUGAUGCUGCUGCAUCUCGCCUUAGCGAGGCAGAAGUAUCACAACCCCUAUGCACUGCCGUGCAGUUGAUGCUGGUAGAGAUGCUUCGAUCCGCCGGGAUUCAAUUCAGCUGCGUUAUUGGACACUCAUCAGGCGAGAUUGCGGCCGCGUACUGUGCUGGAUUCCUUUCCGCCGAGGAUGCCAUUCGUGUGGCGUACUACCGCGGUGUUUGUGCAAAGCUUGCAGAGGGCAGCAAUGGCAAAUCCGGCGCCAUGAUGGCAAUUGGACUGUCUUAUGAAGAAGCUCUGCAGUUUUGCAACAAUGAGUUUAGUUCCAGACUUGAUGUCGCGGCUAGCAAUGCGCCAGCCAGCACGACCAUCUCGGGAGACGAGGAUGCCAUCCAGGAAGCCAAGGCUCUCUUGGACCAGAGGAACGUAUUCGCCCGUGUGUUAAAGGUCGACACAGCCUACCAUUCUCACCACAUGCUUCCUUGUGCUGGUCCCUACUCAAGUCUACUGAAAGAGUGCGGCGUCCGGACCUUGUCGGGUAACCCUGCUUGCGAAUGGUAUUCGAGCGUUGUUUGCGAACGUAUCGACGGCGCUAGGCAUGACGGGAUUCUAGGAGCCGAGUAUUGGAGAGACAAUAUGGUCAAUGCGGUCAAGUUUUCUUCUGCGGCUGAGUUGGCGAUGCAAAGCGGUGAACACUUUGAUGUGGUAUUGGAAGUCGGACCUCAUCCUGCGCUCAAGGGGCCUUUUGAGCAAACUGCCAAACAAGUAUCCGACUCUACACCACCAUAUCAGGCAACCUUGAUGCGAAAUAUCCAUGAUAUUGAUGCCCUGAGCAAAACUAUGGGAUUUCUCUGGUCCAGAUUAGGCAAAUCUGCGGUUGACUUUUCGGCAUAUGCAGCCUGCUUCGAUGUGUUGCCUGGACGAAUGGCGGACAACAUGCCUACAUAUCCCUGGGAUCACGGACAAUCGUUCUGGAAGGAGUCAAGGAAGUCGGCCAACUUUCGACUUCGUACCCAUCCUCCUCACCCGCUUCUUGGUGUCCGCUCUUCUGAAGAUAUGGGCCCCGAAAUGAGAUGGCUCAACAUCUUACGCUUGAACGAGAUUCCUUGGCUCGAGGGGCACAAGGUCCAGGGCCAGGUCAUCUAUCCGGCUGCUGCGUACCUCGUCAUGGCGAUGGAAGCUGCCAAGGCUAUUGAUGAGACCAAGUUGGUUCAACUGGUAGAACUGUAUGAUGUGCGAAUUCUCAGUGCUAUUCAACUAGCUCAGAGUUCUCAAGGAGUCGAGAUUUCGUUCUCUCUCAAGAUCACCGAAAAGGACGACAACAGCAGCGUUGCUGAAUGGGCUUGCUAUACCUCCAGUUCUACGAAUAACGCCAACUGGAAGUGCCACGCCAAAGGACAUGUUCGCGUUGAAUUUGCAAUGCCUGUGGACGGGCAUCUGCCGCCCAGAAACCCUCCCGACGUGUCGUUAAGUACACUAGACAUGGAUCGGUUCUACGAGUGCUUGGCCGAUAUUGGCCUCCAGUAUUCUCUCGAAUUCAGAAGCUUAUCUAGUGUUCAGAGGCGCCUUGGAUAUGCGACGGCGAGCGUGUCGCACAUCGCCACUGACUUUGGCGCCAUCAUCCACCCUGCUUUACUAGACUCUUCCUUUCAGUCUCUGUUCGCGGCAUAUUGCUGGCCAGGAGAUGAAACUCUCAACUGCCCAUUCGUACCCACGUACCUCAAAAGACUUCGAAUCCUCAACAUCGGGGUGCCCGAGGGCGAGCCACUCGUUAUUGACUCCUAUUUGACCAGUGUCAACGUUUCAGACAUCACCUGCGACAUUGACAUUGCACUCACGGACAAGAACAAACCAUUUGUGCAGCUCGAGGGUCUCACUUGCACUUCACUCCUCCGUCACGACCCCAAAAACUCCAAGGAGCUAUACACCCGGACUGAGUGGGAAGUUGACGUCCACAGUGAGAUUCGUACUUUGGAGGUUGCUCAAUCAGAUGAGCAGCAGAACCUGGAGCUGGUUGACCUCUGCGAGCGCUUUGCUUACUACUACUUGAGAAAUCUGGAUAAAGUUGUUCAACGGAAGGAGGUUGAAACAAUGGAGUGGCAUUAUCAGCGCGUCUUCGAGUGGAUCGACUAUUUGUUUCCGAUGAUAGAAAUGGGCAAACAUCCCACAAUCAAGCCCGAAUGGUCCAAAGAUCAACUUCCAUGGCUGUUGGAGCAGAAAUCCCAGUAUCCCGACCAAAUUGACCUCAUGUUGAUCCAGGCAGUCGGCGAGAACCUUCCGGCUGUGGUUCGCAAGCAAACCACGAUGCUCGAGCACAUGGUCAAGGACGACGUCUUGAACAGGUUUUAUAAAGAAGGCCUCGGGUUCCAAAGAGCAAACGGCUACAUGUCGCGCAUUUCACGACAGAUUGCGCAUCGGUAUCCUCGGAUGAACAUUCUUGAGAUUGGCGCCGGAACCGGAGGAGCGACCAAGGGAAUUCUCCAGUCGCUCGGCAGCACCUUUGGCACUUAUACCUUUACAGACGUUUCUACUGGAUUUUUUGAGGCCGCUGCAGAGCAAUUCAGUCCGUGGGCUGACAAGAUGAUCUUCAAGGCCCUCAACAUCGAGAAUAGCCCGACAGAGCAAGGAUAUAGCGAAGCGUCAUACGAUCUAAUCAUUGCCUCCAACGUUCUUCACGCAACCAAGACGCUCUCAGAAACUAUGAGCAACGUCCGUCGGCUACUGAAGCCGGGUGGAUUUUUGUUGCUUCUAGAAGUCACCAGUGACAUUGUUCGAGUGAAGAUGAUGAUGUCGGGCUUGUCUGGCUGGUGGCUAGGUGGUGAUGACGGCCGACGACACGGUCCAACCAUCACCGUUCCGGAGUGGGAUACGCUGCUUCGCUCAACGGGAUUCUCGGGAGUGGACAAUACUUUCAACGACUUUAACCACAGCUCCAAAUACAUGACGUCUGUGAUGCUUUCGCAGGCUGUGGAUGAGAGGGUCCAGUUCCUCCGCCAGCCACUCUCCAGCCGAGGAGAUUCGACCAUGGCCGAUUCUCUGACCAUUGUCGGUGGCACCCAGGGCAACGUGUCAAAUAUCAUUGCUAGACAUCUUGCUGAUUGCCAUCCUCGGCUGGUUGUUCAAUGUGUGGCAGGUUUCGAGGACUUCGCGUCCCCCCUCAACAGCACGGCCAUGAAAUCGCUUUUGGUUCUGCAGGAUCUGCAUGAGCCUGUUCUUCAAAACCUGGCUUCAUCUACGCUAGUCGGUCUUCAGAAAGCAAUUAAUCAGUGCCGGCAAGUUCUGUGGGUGUCGAGCGGCUGUCGCAAGGAUAACCCGUUUGCAAAUAUGUCUGUUGGCCUGUGUCGCAGCUUGUCCUCGGAAUACCCCCAUAUCAGGAUUCAGCAUAUCGAUGUCGAGACUCGCCUUGAUCAGGGUACCGUGCACUGCAUUUCCGAAGCAGCGCUUAGGCUUUUGCACUGGGAAAAAUUGUCUGCCGACACUCUCUGGUCGUUUGAGCCCGAGUUGAUCCUGGAGGAUACAAAGUGGUAUAUUCCUCGACUCGUGCCAGAUGAAAAGCUGAACCAGCGACUUACUUCCACCAAGAUGGCUGUCCAGGUCGACACGUCUCUCAAAGAAAGUACAGUUGAGAUUUUUUCUGAAGCAUCAAAAUACCUAGUCACCCAGUCUGUGCCUUGCAUCGAAGCCGAACAACAGACGCCACUGUCAACCAUCAAUGUGACCAAGGCACUUCUCCAUCCUGUCGCCACAGAAUGCCAUAAAGACUAUUUCCUGUGCUACGGAUACAGGGGUAGCUGUCUGGAUAUUCCUGUCUUGGCCUUGACCACUGCUAAUGCUUCCUCUGUUUCUGUUCCGGAGCACUUUGUAUUCGACUUGCCAGCGGUCGUGGCCGACGGCGCUGCGGUUUUGCAACGAGCAGCAUUUUCGGUGCUCGCUGAGCAGGUGCUUGAGGACGUUGAUACACCUGGAACAAUCUUUCUGCAUAAUGAAGAUCAGCGCUUCUCUUUAGUUGUCCGUCUGGCUGCAGCCAAGCUGGGGUUGAGGUGCAUUGCUACGACGUCUCAGGAACCAGCAUCUUCUACCAGUCAAUCAAUAUUCAUUCACCCUCAUUCCUCACAUCGAGUAUUGAAGGCCUUGAUUCCUCAAAACACAAAGAGUUUCAUUGACUUUUCAACUGAUGGGGUAGACCAAUCUCGCUUCCGAGAUUGCCUCCCUCCAACAUGCCGAUUCUACGCACUGAACCACAUGGUUGCGACGGGCAGCAACGUUUCUGGCAUUUCCGUCCCACAAGCCAUCAAGGCUUUAACCUCUCCCUUGGAUUCUUGUCUCUUAAAUACUGUGAAUCAAGUCAGCAUCUCUGAGCUUCAUGGCCAGGCUGCUGCCAGAUUCCCCUACGGAACUGUGGUUGACUUCGUCGUUGAGUCGACGAUCGCCAGAGUACCUCCGUUGCAGUCGACCAGGCUGUUCCGUUGCGAUAAGACGUAUCUUCUCGCCGGAUGCACCGGUGGUCUUGGCAAGGCGCUGUGCAGAUGGAUGGUAGCUUCUGGCGUGCGGCAUCUGGCGCUGACGACACGAAAUAUCAGCGCUGUGGACGAGGUGUGGGUUAGAGAAAUUGAGCGCGCCGGCGCGUGUCUCAAGCUCUACCAGGUUGAUGUGAGUGAUAUUAAUGCCUUGCAAGCCGUAUAUGAAGAUAUUGGACGCAACAUGCCGCCGGUUGUCGGUGUCGCCAAUGCUGCCAUGGUACUCUCCGAUAAGUCCUUCGGUGAGCUGAAGACGGACAACUUUGACAUUGUGUUUGGACCCAAGGUCCGUGGAACUCAGAACCUUCAUGAUAUCUUCAAGGGUCAGGCUUUGGACUUCUUUAUCAUGUUUUCUUCCCUUGCCAGUGUUGUUGGUAAUCGAGGCCAGUCCAACUACGCCGCUGCCAACCUGUUUAUGACCACGAUUGCCGAGCAGCGCAGAGCAAGCAAUCUGGCCGCUUCCGUUAUUCACAUUGGCAUGGUCCUCGGUGUUGGUUAUGUUUCUUCCACGGGCACGUAUGAGAACACUUUGCGACAGUAUAACUACAUGCCCAUCUCCGAGUCCGACUUCCUCAACAUGUUCUCUCAAGCCAUCUUAAUCGGACACCCGAAGUCCAAUCACCCGUGCGAACUAAUCACUGGCCUUAAUCGAUACAGCCUCAAUUCCGAUGCCCAGCAGUACUUUUGGCAUGAGAACAUGCGGUUCAGUCAUCAUUACAUCGAAGAAGAACAGCGAAAAGUCUCAACGGCCACCAGAACCUCUGUAUCUGAGCGCCUGGAGGAUGCUCGGGGGGGCGAAGAAAUUCUAGCUGUGAUUGAAGAAGAAUUCUGCACAAAGCUGGAGCGCAUGCUCCAAGCUGAAGCUGGCACCAUCAAAGCUUCCCAGUCUCUCGCGAACCUUGGGGUGGACUCCUUGGUAGCAGUUGAAAUCCGAUCUUGGUUCUUCAAAGAAGCUGACGUGGACAUCCCAGUAUUGGACGUCCUCAAUACUGGUACUAUUUCGGAGCUUUGCGAACGGGCUGCGCAAAGCGUUGCGGCCGCUCAGUUGUCUGAUGCUGAAGAGUGUGGCAAAACGGACGAUAAGUCUCCCACUCUGUUGUCGGCAAAUAUACCAGCCAGCAACCAAUCCACUGCGGCAAACACAUCUGUUCCGCAUUCUCUUUUUGAAGAGUCGUCUCGAGGGGGUAGUGAGACUCCAAGUGAGGAUAUGGGUAGUUCCGAUAUUAGCUUACCCUCGAGACGCGACUUCGAAUUUGAACGGUGCGGUCGACUGUCGUUCGCCCAAGAGCGACUGUGGUUUCUACAGAAAUACCUCCAAGAUCCUACGACCUACAAUGUCACUAUGGCUUACAAGAUUUCUGGCCCGCUACGACGGAGAGACUUUGAGGAUGCCUUCGAAAAGGUCAUCCAGCGUCAUGCAUCUUUGCGUACCGGUUUUUACGUCGAUGCUGAUACUAGUCUCCCAAUGCAGCGCGUUUACAAAUACCCCCAUUUCCGUUUCACACACAAAGAAGGCGCUGAUUAUGAGGAGGAGUAUCACAAUAUGCAGAAGAUGCGGUAUGAUUUGGAGAGCGGUGACGUUAUAAGUGCCACGAUUAUAAGGUACACUGACCAAGAGCACGUUUUUAUUCUCGGCUUCCACCACGUUGCCAUGGAUGGAUUUAGCGCCCAAAUUCUCGUCAAGGAUUUAAUUCGCGCCUAUGGAGGACUCACGAUAUCCUCAGGUUGCAAUGAAUACCUGGACUACGCUAUCCAUCAGCGAGAUGCUGGUGUCCCCGUUGAGGUCAGCAAGUUUUGGAUGUCCGAGUUCAACACUCUGCCUCCGGUUCUUCCCCUUUUCGACUUUGCCGAAUGUAAAACUCGCACACCUCUUCUUGACUACAAGACCAAAGCGGUCGAAAGGACAGUUCCCAUGACGGUGUCUUCCAAAGUGAAAAUCCUGGCACGGCAACUUGGUGCCACGCCAUUCCACAUCUACUUGGCUGCUCUGCAGGCACUGUUGUACGAUUUAAACUCCAACAAAGAUAUUUGUAUCGGUAUCACGGACGCGAAUAAAACCGAUCCUGCCUAUCUAGAUACCAUCGGUUUCUUUGUCAAUCUUGUGCCUAUUCGGUUCCAUAUUGAUGAAUCUGAGGCAGUCUCGGAGCUUGUAGCUAAAUCGAAGAAAACAGCCACCAAUGCCUUGUCAAACUCGAUGCCUUUUGACGUUCUGUUGGACAAUCUGCAGGUUCCUCGUUCCACAACUCACAGCCCACUAUUCCAAGUCAUCCUGAACUACAAGAUGGGAUCAACACAAACGGUUCGUUUUGAAGACUGCCAAGCGGAAAUCUUAAGAUUCCAGGAUGCGAGCAACGCGUUUGAUUUGGCUUUUGACAUUGAAAACUUCCCCGACGGCUCCGCCUCCAUUUCUCUCAAAACUCAGGCAUACAUGUACACUGACUUGGAGCUGCGGUUCAUUCUUGACAGCUACAUUCGCAUCUUGAGUUCGUUCGUGUCAAAUCCUCUGCAGAAGCUUCAUGAGGUAACUGCACUGUCAGAAGACGAAAAGGAGAAAUCUCUGCAACUCGGGAGAGGCAGGCAACUCCCAGACCCGAAGCUCGAAACGGUCGCCCACUUCUUUGAGGACUGGGCUUUAACUCAGCCACUCAAGAUUGCGCUUCGAGAAGAUUCCGGAGCCGAGUUCACUUACAGGCAGAUUCAGUCUAUUGUGAACGCCUUUGCUGAAACGCUACAUGGUGCUGGUCUUGGCCCAGGCUCAAAGGUGUGCGUCUAUUGCGAGCCGGGUACUCAUAUCCUCGCUGCUCUGUUGGCAAUUUCCAAGAUUGGGGGAAUUUACAUUCCUCUCGACCCGCAGAAUCCUACUGAGCGCCUGCAGCUCAUUGUCAACGACUGCGAACCGGACGCAAUACUUUGCGACGAUGUUACGAGCACUCUGGCAUCGCUUCUGAAGUCGGCAGGAAAGUCGAUCAACGUUACCGACAUUGAUACAAGUGCUACUACUACAUGUAUCCCUGACUGGAACAAGGCCAAGGGUGAUUCUGCGGCAUUCGUAUUCUACACCAGCGGCACUACGGGCGUGCCCAAGGGAAUCGCCUUGACGCACUCGAAUGUCGUACAUCACAUCAACUCCAUCAUCAACUUUUACAGCAUCAAGAGGGGUGUCGUCCUUCAGCAAGCCCCCCUUGGAUUUGACAUGUCGCUUACGCAAAUGGCUCUGACCAUGAUGACGGGGGGCACCCUGGUUGUUGCGUCUAGUGCGACAAGAAGAGAUCCCAGCCAGAUUGCCAGUUUGAUGUACGCAAACAAGGUAACGCAUACAUUUAUGACACCCACGCUAGCCCUAGCUCUCAUCCGCCACGGUUACGAUGCCUUGGCGCGAUGUUCCGACUGGGAGUUUUCAUUGCUUUCCGGCGAGGCAUUCCGAGCCCACAUCGUUCACGAGUUCAGACGCCUCGGACUUGCUGGUUUGAAGCUCUACAACGGGUACGGGCCGACGGAGAUUACGAUCAACAGCAGCAGUGGUAUGGAUGAGCUUGACGAAGCGGCCCCCCGAGACACACAGAACCCAUCCAUCGGAGUCACAUUGCCCAACUACACCAACUACAUACUGGAUAGGAAUAUGCAACCAGUGCGCAUUGGCAAGGCUGGUGAGCUGUUUGUGGGCGGAGCCGGCAUCGCCCUGGGUUACUUGAGAAGAGAUAAACUCAACAAGGAAAAGUUCCUGCCCGAUCCGUUUGCCAGCGCGGAUAACCGAGCUCGAGGCUGGUGCCGCAUGUAUCGGACGGGAGACAAGGCCAAGUUUCUGCCUGACGGGCGAAUCGUUUUCCUCGGUCGCAUCCAAGGCGAUUCUCAGAUCAAGCUGCGGGGAUUCCGAAUCGAACUCGAGGACAUUUCCAACACCAUCAUCAAGAGUUCUCAUGGAAAUAUCACAGAGGCCGGGAUUUCUCUGCGCCGGAACGGAAACGGAUCCGAUGAUGAGUCGUUCUUGGUCGCAUUUGCUGUGGUAUCACACUCCUUUGACCACCCGGAACCGUCGGCAUUCUUCAAGAAACUGCUGAAUGAUCUGCAACUACCAAGGUACAUGAUUCCUGCCAAGAUUGUACCGGUGGACCGACUGCCAAUGAGCUCUUCCGGCAAACUAGAUCAACAUGUGCUCGACAGUCUUCCCGUGCCCAAAGAAGAAGAGAGCAACCGGUGCCCCUUGACAGAUACGCAGGAGAGGCUCAAGAAGCUCUGGGUGGAAGCCCUUCCGCCGAUUGGAGCAACUGCCGCUAUCGACCAAGAUGUUGAUUUCUUCCAGGUUGGUGGAAACUCGCUGCGAAUCAUUCUGCUGAGAGAAUCCAUCAGAAGGGAGUUUUGUGUCUCGGUGUCUGUCUUCGAUCUCUUCGCAAACAGCACCCUGGGAAGAAUGGCUGCUCGGAUUGGCGAGUCUACCGAUACUACUACAAGCCCCGAAACUAUUGACUGGAACACGGAGACUCUCUUUGAUGUCCCCGUCAUCGAAACGUGCGAGGACGAUAGUUAUAAACAACAUAGGGCUACAUCUGAUGGGCUUGAGAUCAUUCUUACUGGAGCUACCGGAUUCCUGGGGUCUGCCAUUCUCGCAUCCCUUGUCCAAGAUGCCAGGAUAUCCAAGGUGCACUGCGUGGCUAUCCGACAACCCCUAAAGAGUCUCACGGCGGAACAGCCAAUCUUCAAAUCUCCUCGCGUGAGCUGCUAUGCCGGUGACCUAUCUCUGCCGCGUCUCGGACUAUCUACUUCUGACUUCACCCAACUGUCCGCCAAUGCUGACAAGAUCAUCCACAACGGAGCCGAUGUUUCAUUCUUGAAAUCGUACCGAUCCCUACGAGCCAUCAAUGUGGGUUCGACCAAGGAGAUUGUCCGCAUGGCAGCUCUGCACCGCAUUCCGAUCCAUUUCAUCUCUACCGGAGGCCUGGCCAACUUGACAAACCUGGAUGGCCUGCCCCAAGUUUCCGUCUCGUCGUUCACGCCUCCGGUAGAUGGCUCGCAGGGCUACAUUGCCACCAAGUGGGCAUCCGAAGUCUACUUGGAAAACGUCGUGACACGCUUAGGAAUUCCGGUUUGGAUCCAUCGCCCAUCAAACAUUACCGGCGUCCGCUCUCCCUCUGGAGACUUGAUGCAGAUAAUCUUCAAAUACUCGGAAAAAAUCAAGGCCUUGCCGGAAAUUGACGGCUGGAAAGGGUGCUUUGACUUUGUGCCUGUUGAAACGGUAGCCCGGGGAAUCGUUUGCGCAAUCCACGAAACCGGGCUGCAGCAGGGUAUGAGUCCAAUUUACCGCCACCACUGCGGCCGUGACAAGAUUCCAGUCGCUGGCAUCAGAGAGCACUUGGAAACAAAGGUGGGAGCUCGAAUCGACAGUGUCGGAAUUGAGGAGUGGUUGAGCCGAGCUCAAAGUGUCGGGCUGGACGACACGGCAGCUGCUCUCGUCAGUAGCACCUUUGCUCAAAGCAGCAUCAAGACUGUUCCUUGGCUAAGAAGUGGUGACUAA